AAUUUUCUCAAAUUAGGUUAUGUUUAUCUAAAUUAGACAUUGUAUAUCGCCCAAAAAUUUGAUCUUUCAAAAUUCUCUAAUUACUUAUUGUAGUAUUGUCCGAUAAAUCGGAAAUAUGGAUAAAAAUUGUUAUUCAUAUCCCAGAAGCUUUUAAAACGACAUUCCACGAGUUAACUAAUUUAGGAAAUACCAAACAUCGACAUGCCAAAAUUCUUUACUGACACUACAGUUUUCAAUUACACCUGGGACCAAGUUGCACAAGGAUUUUGGAAAAGAUAUCCAAAUCCAAACAGUAAACAUGUUUUAUCUGAAGAUACAGUAGAAAGAGAAGUACGUUCUGGGAAAUUAUUUUCCAAACGAUUGUUAACUAAAACUAAUAGCAUUCCAAAAUGGGCUGAAAGAUUCAUCAGUGCAAAAUCAGUAAAUAUUGUAGAAGAAAGUAUCGUAGAUCCAGAAAAUAAAGUUCUUACGACAUACACAAGGAAUUUGGGAUAUGUGAAAGUAAUGAGUGUUACGGAAAAAGUGAUAUAUAAGGAGAGCGAAGAUCAUCCGGAUAAGACCGUGGCUUUGAGGUACGCUUGGAUUGAUUCUCAAGUGAGAGGUUUCAGCAAAGCUAUUUGUGCAUUUGGAUACGAACGUUUCAAGAAAAAUUGUCACAAAAUGGUUGGCGGAUUCAAUUACGUAUUGGCAAAUUUAUACCCGCAACAAAAUGCCAUAGCUUCGAGUUACUCGACGGCUAAAGCGACGGCGAAACUGAAAAGUGCCGCCAAAAAUGCGUCGGAAUUGGCAAAAGCAAAAGCCGCCCCAAUUUACGCUACUCUCCAUCAAUAGAAGUAAAUAAAACUAAUGUAUUGGUGUAUAAAAUUGUUUUUUUUUAUUACAAACCGUGGAAACAAUUAAUUUAUGUUAUUGUUACUAUAAACAUUUAUACUUUCAUUUAUAAGAAUAGAUUAAAUGGACAAUUAACUUGGAUUCCGGUAGUUUCAGCAUUUUUUAAAGGUGUUUGUAUAUUUUUACAUAGAUAAACCUCAUAGAAGUUAUAAUUUAGAAGUUAUUCUACCACUUUUGUAUUUAUUAAAGGAAUCAAUGAAUUAUUUUUAUUCUUUUUCAUAAAAUCGAAAAAGGAAAAAUAGAUCUACAACUUUCGUAUUCAUACUUUUUUAACAUAACCUCAAAACUCAUGUGAAAAAUUGAAAUAACCAAGUUGUUAACGGCAAAAAAACGGUAUAUAUCGAUUUCCAGCAAAAAUUAAAAGUCCUUUGAAAAAAAAUAUAUGACAAAGUUGUAGGGAAUAAAAAGAUCUGCAACUUUUGUAUUCACACUUUUUUCACAUAACCUCAAAAUUUAUAUGAAAACUUGAAAUCACCAAGUUUUUAAGGGUAAAAAAUGGUUUAUAUCGAUUUCCAGCAAAAACUACAAGAUCUAUGGAAAAAAGUGAAUGGCAAAGUUGUAGGUAAUAAAGUGAUCUGCAACUUUUGUGCUUACAGUUUUUUCACAUAACCUCAAAACUCAUGUGAAAAAUUGAAAUAACCAAGUUUUUAACGGCAAAAAAACUGUUUAUAUCGAUUUCCAUCAAAAAUUAAAAGUCCAUUGAAAAAAAAUACAUGACAAAGUUGUAGAGAAUAGAAAGAUCUGCAACUUUUGUAUUCACACUUUUUUCUCAUAAUCUCAAAAUUUAUGUGAAAUAUAGUGGUCAAUUAUUUUUUAAAUGUAUUACACUCAUAAACAAAAUCACUUUUUAUCCUUACUGUUCUUUAGAAGCUUUUGACUUUCAAAUAACAAAAAAAUCUCAUGAUUUUACAUUUUUUUCUAAUCUUGAAAAAUUUUUUAAUCGACAUUUUUCUAUUCAAAACUCUAAAAUUCCAUCUUAAUCAACAAAUAAAAUACGAAUAACAGUUUGUAGUUAUAUUUAGUUAAAUAAACAAUAAAUUUAUGUUUUUUUUAUUUUACGUU